CCAAAUCAAAUGAACUCAUCACUCGAUCGCGCAAUGAGAGCGAGCAGGUGUGAGUGGUGACGUCACUGGCCUUGCUUCAUAAAAGCUGCGACAGGGGGGCAGCUGCCGUUGUUGUUGAAGUUGCAGACGUCACGUUCAGAUUCUAUUCGUGUACGGACUCGACCGUGAAAUCUCCUCCUACAAAGAUGAGCGACCUCCAUGCAGCCACGCUGAAGCUCCUGUCCACCUUCCAUGAGCUCGCCCACGACAACGCCGUCAAAGAUUGUCUGAAGAAGGAGAAGUUCAGGAGCUUUCUGAAGGGGGAUAAGGGCAAGAGUCUGAUCCAGAAUCCCGUGGAUGGGUUCGUGGUGAGCCGCAUCCUGAGGGACCUUGGCGAUGACAAAGAUGGGCAAGUCGACUUCCUCGAGUUCGUGAUCACCAUCGCGGCCUUGAAAUUCUGCUGCCACCCCAACUUCCGAGCGCACCACGCGCGGAAUGGCCGGACCCACGCGCUGACCGCAUUCAAGAGCGACGCGGCUGUUUGA